GGGACCUCCCCUGCUGGCAUAUCCCAGAUGACUAACUCUUUGCAUAUCAUUGACUCAGUACAAUGACCAAACAUCCGGAGAAGCCCAUCGUACACUACGGUGUUCCAGAGUGGUGCAACAACAACGAGCAGCUGUCUGCCACCGCAGAGCUCGAGCGAUAUCUUUCCAAUGUAAUCCGCCAAGAGAGCAGGACACUCCGCAAUGACACCAACUGUAAGGUGGGUCCUCGUUGCCGUCAAAUAAACACGCUGUGCACCGAGUGUGUUGGUUUUCACUUCUUGUCCUAUACUGUUACCCCACAGACAAACUGGGAUGAAAGCGAUACCUCCCGUAUGUUGAGGGAUCGGGUGUGGGAGGUUUCAAGAUGUAAGGAUCUGCUCGUAUCCUGCGCAAAGAAAGUUGAUGAUGAGAUUGAAGCACUGACAUUGUCGAAAACCCGGACCGAGGAGACCUUGGCUGCCACGGCAGUUCCCCACGAGGUCAGCAUGGAGAGCCUGACCCUGAGGGAGGGACGGCAAGGAUUUGAGCUGAUCAACGACCCCGUGGAAAAGGAGUUAAAAAAAGAGGUGCAUGUCAGAAAAAGAGCGCAGCAAACCCUGCAGCAACUCAUCGACCAGGCGUUUGAACAGCUCUGUAUCUUGCAGAAAAUUCGACAGCAGCUGACCGCUGACCUCCAGAACAAGGUGGAAACUCUGGAUAUUGAUAAUACAUGUCUGGAGCUUACAAUAACGUCAUCCCAGAUUUCCCUGAAACCGGAUCCUACUCGAAUACCUGCAGGUUCGUGUACGCCGCACGAGUGGAUCCAGUUCACCCAGUUGAAUUUGGCUCGGGCCCGUGAAGCAAUGGAGAUGUCCGAGCAGAUGAGGGAGGACAUGAGUCUCACCCGAGUCAGCCUGCAAAACGAUUUGAAGAACCAGCAGAGAGCCACAGAGUUUGCGCUGCGUAAGCGCAAUCACGAAGAGCAACAGGCUUGCCGUGAGCUCGAGUGGCAACUGAAAAACACUGAAGGAGAGAUUACAGACAUGGAGAAUGACAUAUUCAAGUUGGACGCGGAUUUGAAGGCAAAGACGGCCCCGCUGAAGCUGGCCCACACCAGGCUGGAGAACAGAACCUGCCGGCCUGGCAUGGACCUCUGCAGAGAUGAGGCGCAGCGUUGCCUUGUUGACGAAGUCAAUCAGCUGCAGGCCACAAUUGCCAUUCUGAAGGAGAAGCUGUCUGAAGCUCAGCACUCGUUGCAGAGACUGAAGCUUCAUCACAACCAAAUGAAGCAAGAUCAUGCCAGGAAACGUGGCGCUUUGGCCCUGGAGGAACGUUGCAUCAACAUCCGCAACCGCCUCAUCCCCAUAUUAUACAGCGAUGGCACCCCUGUGCCGCUGCUCCUACUUACGAGCUCGAGUGGGAGGAGCACCAGGCAUCUUGAAGCCUGACCAGGCUUUCUUCAUUUUCACAUCAAGUCUAUUCUGAAUAGAAAUAUCUAUUUUUUACAGUUAUUAUGGAACUGACACCAUGUAAAACUUUAAUGACAUCACUUCUGUAGAGCGGCCCACAUCUUAUCUAGGCCUGCUAUCAAGACUGCCCCCCCCUCCCCCAUUUGAGUGUGUCCAUACAAAGCUCACGUUUGUGUUAAGGUCAUUCAUUUCAUAUGCUGCUCCAUUUUAUGGCUUUGUUUGGGCCGUGUCAUAAUGUUUGACCAUCUGACGCUGUUUACGGCGUGGAGAGAAUAAUGUGAAUCCUGACUCCCACGUAUAUACGCAGAAGGAUAAGCAUGGAUCGUUGGCAGAGCUUUCCAUUUGGCUCACCCACACAUCACUACUAAUCAAUAAAGAACCUAUGAAUACAGACUUGUGAUGCAGACAUUCCAACAUAUCUAUCACACCACAACAAAUUUGACCAAAUAAAUCAAUUCGGAAAAAAAAAAAAAAA